GGCUCCUGGCUGUGCCCCAGGCCCAUGGCAGAGCAGGACCGGGCGCUGGAGCCGGGCUGGCUCCUGUCCCCCGCCGGCCGCCCCUACCUGGACUCCAUCGUGCACAAGAACCAGCGGAGAAUGUUCGGUCUGCUGGAGCGCCCGGCGCUGCCGCCCGCGCUGGCUGUGCCCACGGUCACCUACAAGCUCUUCCUGGCGGGCAGGAGCGGCGUCGGCAAGACAGCGCUGGUGGCCUGGCUGGGGGGGACCCCCGUGCCCCCCGCCCACCACGAGACCCUGGGCAUCGAGGCCACCACGCUGUUCUGGCCAGCCAAGCCCCGCGGCAGCGGCCGCCCGGUCCUGUUCCAGCUGCACCUCUGGGACUGCGGGGACGGAGCGCUGCGGAAGUUCGAGCACCUGCUGCCCGCCUGUAAGGAGGAGGCGGAUGCCGCCCUGUUCCUGUUCUCCUUCACGGAUCGUGCGUCCUUCGAGGAGCUGCCGGCGCUCAUGGGCCGCGUGCUGGACCCCGGGGACCGCCACCUCGUCAGGGUGGUCGUGGGCACGAAUCAGGUUUGCACCCCCAGUUUUCAGACCACUCAAUACCUCAUUAGGCUGAGAAUGUGA